GCUCGGCGUUACCCACAGGCCCCCGCCCGCCGCCACUUCCGCCGCGACCAUUUUGUUCUUCAGCGCCGUGAAGGGUACGCGCUCCGCUCGCACCAUGUUCCCCGUGGCCAGGGCCGCGCUGAACCUCGCCGCUCGUGGCAUCCAGCACACUGCAGUCAGACAAGCUCAUCGCAAGCAUGAGCCGAACUUCCACGAUAAAUACGGAAACUUGGUCCUCCUUGGUGGAGCUGCCGUUUGCGUCAGUGUCUGGGGAUAUGUGCUAACACAGCUCGGAAUGGAGUGGGGCUUGUCACCUGUUGGCAGAAUCACUCCAAGAGAAUGGAGGGAGUAACAGCCUCUGCUUCUAAUGAACUGCUCUGAACUUUCACUGAGAAAAUGGUCCUGUAAUGGCAUUUGUUCCCUGAUUACCACUUGUGCAGUGGCAUUCCUGGUCUAAUAAACAUGCCUAGUAACCUG